AUGGCGAAAACAAGGACUAAUUCAGAAACCGUAUCAAUUCUACAUACUCUACAUACUAAUCAGAAAGCCCCUGGUGCACGGGUGUAUCGGGUUUUCCGAUUUUCUCAUCAUCCAAAGAUGAGAAGCAACAUGAGUCAAGACAAAGAGGCAAAUGAAAUUGCUGUGAACACUACGGAAACAGUGGUGUCGACGCCAACUGAUGUUACCACUGCGGAGACAAAAACCGACGGAAGUCCAGAAACCAAUGCCGCACCAGCAGCAGCCAAAAAGAAGAAGAACAAGAAAAAGAAAAAGAUUACCAGCAUUGACCUGCUGUAUCCGGAUGGGGUUUUUCCCGAGGGAGAAUGGCAGGAGUAUCCAUUGGAAAUUAACAGUUAUCGUACCAGUUCCGAGGAAUUGCGAUAUCUCGACAACCAGCGCAAUAACCACUGGCAGGAUUUCCGUAAAGGAGCCGAGAUUCAUCGUCGGGUGCGCCACAAGGCCCAGCUGAGUAUUCGUCCUGGUAUGACCAUGACGGAAAUUGCCGAUUUGAUUGAAAAUUCGGUGCGUAGCUAUGCCGCUGCCGAUCACACUUUGAAAGCCGGAAUUGGAUUUCCCACUGGACUUUCACUUAACGAGAUUGCAGCUCAUUAUACCCCGAAUGCUGGCGAUAAGUUGGUAUUGGGAAAGGACGAUGUGAUGAAGGUGGAUAUCGGUGUGCAUGUCAAUGGACACAUAGUCGACUCUGCAUUUACCAUGACAUUUGACGACGACCACAAGUACGAUAACCUCCUUAAAGCAGUCAAGGAAGCCACCAAUACGGGAGUGCGCGAGGCAGGAAUUGACGUUCGUCUUAACGAUAUUGGAGCAGCGGUGCAAGAGGUGAUGGAACUGUAUGAGAUGGAGAUUGGCGGCAAGACUUACCCAAUCAAGUGCAUUCGCAAUUUGAACGGCCACAAUAUCGGAGACUAUGUGAUUCAUCUGGGCAAAACCGUACCCAUUGUUGCCAAUGGAGACAUGACAAAAAUGGAGGAGGGUGAGACGUUCGCUAUAGAGACGUUUGGUUCGACCGGAAAUGGGUACGUGAUACCUACGGGCGAAUGUUCGCAUUAUGCACUUUCUGAAGAGUACAAACAGGCCCGGGUUGGAACCGACAGGGCCAAGCAAUUGUUGAAGACAAUUGAGAGUAACUUUGGUACUUUACCAUGGUGCAGACGGUAUUUGGAUCGCGUAGGCGAAGAAAAGUAUUUGCUUGCGCUCAACCAAUUAGUACGUGCUGGAGCUGUUCAAGAUUAUCCACCCAUCACCGACAGGGCCGGAAGUUAUACCGCCCAAUUCGAGCACACAAUCUUGCUCCAUCCACACAAGAAAGAGGUUGUGCUGCGCGGCGAUGACUACUGA